AUGUUCGAGAAGCUUUUGGACGCGGCGUUCAAGCCCUGCUAUGGUAGUUCUCUAUCAAAAAGCGAAGAAAAGAGUGUAACGGUUUUGCUAGAAAAACGAGUAGCCUCUUGGCAACGUCUUCAAAGUCUCCGCGCCAUUUUAUCCGCAGCAUCUCUGGAAGAGGUGCGGUCCCUGGUGAUCCCUUCAGACACUAAAAAUCCAUCGUUCCGAUGUCAUCUUUCAAGGUCUGAGGAAAUACCACGCCUAGUUGUGGCUCUCUUUCGACCCUCAAAUGCACGAUCGACUUUGUUGAAGGAUCUGGCUGAAAGCUCUUGA